UGGCACCUUCAGAGGUCUUGCAGGGUUCAUGCGUCAGGGAUCAGAGCUCUUCUGGGGCACACAGGACCAACAGCAUAUUACGCGAGGAUGAUCAUAAUGCUUUCGCUCAUUUUUGCAUUAAGUUAAAAGAAAUAUUCGGUGCUGAUCACUUGCAACCUUGCCAAGACCUUAAAAGAGCCAGGACAGCCGGGUUCAUUUACCCUCAGAUCAGUCUGAGUGAACCAUUCCAAAAACACACAAAAUAUCUGGGGGCUCUGAAGCCGACAUGAACAGGGGAUGCUGUGUAUUUGUCCUGUUUUCCCUCCUCCAUGUCUCGCUGAGUGUGGAAAUGACAGGGUUGUAUGGCAGCUUCGCCUCCCCCAACUUUCCCCAGCCAUACCCCGACAACCAGCACAUGGUGUGGAACAUCACUGUCUCAGACGGCCACAGGAUUAAACUCUACUUCACCCACUUCAGUAUGGAACCCUCCGACCAGUGUGAAUACGACCACAUCCAGGUUUUGGCAGAGGGAAAUGAAACCUUGCGGUUCUGUGGUGAGGAAGAGAAGAACUAUGAAAGCACCCCGGGGAACUCCGUCAUCCUGUCAGCCGGGAACCUCAUGUCAGUGGUCUUUAGGAGUGACUACUCUAACGAGGGCCGAUUCACCGGCUUCCAAGCAUUUUAUACCUCAGAAGAUAUCAAUGAAUGUCUGUCCAAGAUGGAUGGGGAGACAGUAUGUGAUCAUUUUUGCCACAAUUACAUAGGUGGAUAUUACUGCACAUGCAGACAAGGAUACCUUCUGCAUGACAACAAAAGAUCUUGCACAGUGCCAUGCCACAGCCAGGUGUUGACCUUGCCGUCGGGGGUUCUGACCAGUCCACGCUACCCAAAGCCCUACCCACCCAUGAGUCAGUGUGACCACACCAUCCGUCUGCCAGAGGGCUACAGAAUAAUCCUGGACUUCCUGGAACCCUUUGACGUAGAGGGACACCCAGAAGUCCAAUGUCCGUACGAUAUGUUGGAGAUUUCAACAGCUGGAAAACAGUAUGGACCCCUGUGUGGAUCAAUCACACCAGCCCGCAUUGACACAGGAAGUUACCAAGUGCAUGUUCGGUUCAGCUCUGACACCAGUGGGAAAAACAAGGGAUGGAAGAUCAAGUACACCAGUACUAAGGCUGAAUCCCUCACUUUAACUUAAGAUGGCUUGUCGGCACGAACAUUGUAUUUGUAUGUUAUGCACUACCUGAAAAUUUUACAGUGACUUUUACGUUGGGUGACUUAACACAACCACAAUUUUUAUCGUGAAACUUUGAUAUUGUGUUCAACCACAAGUCUAUCACAUGUAUCAUCUCAAUGAUUCCUUGGUAUGACAUUGUGACACUGGUGCUACUAAGAUACCCUCCCAAUUUCAAGCAAUUUCAUUGACUAAUUCAAAAUCUACUGGUCAUUGUUUAAUUUCUUCUUUUGCUGAGAUGCUGCUACGAUCUCACCAGCACAAUCCUUUUUUAACCACUUUUGUAAUGUGUUUUUUUUUUGUUUGUUUAUUUUGCUGCUUGUGCAAAUAAAAAACAAGACUAAGAAGACCCUUUGACAUCCAUUUAGACAUGUCUAGUGACCACAAUAUACAACCCUGUGGCUAUAUGUGAUCAGGCGAACAUUUUAAUAAAAGGUAUUCCACAUAAUACUGUAGCUGAAUGCAAACAUUUAUUCUGCUCUAUUCUGGCUGUAGACAGAUGCACAUUCAACUGCCCUGGUAGAAAUAAUAAAUUAAUUCCGUUUAAAGUAUUCUGGAAGUCAGUCAGUCUCGUCUGAGAAGCGGUGAAUGGUAGUCGUUUAACCUUCAUACAUUAUGCAGCUUGUUCUCAGCAUUCCCAGCUCUACUCCUCUAUCAAAACAGUCAUUAUAGAGUUCUUCAGUCCCAUGAAAUUGCCUCUCAUUUGACACUUUUGAACUCAAUCACCAAUGUUUCCUCCAUCUGUGCCCCAUAAGUGGGGCAAAAGAGCAUGCCUAAUGUGAGAAAUAAUUGUACUUGUGUUGAUUUAUAUUUACUGAUGCUGUUACUCCACAGUGUGAUAUUUUUUCGUAUUGUCCCUUGGAAUUAGGCCUACACCACUUUUCUGAGAGCUUAAGAUUUUUUUUUAAAACCAUCAGCAUCUUGACUUUGACUGAACUAUUAUGCUGAUACGUACUUUGUAGUUGGAAGACUACCACAUCUUAGCAAGGCAAGGUACGUACUGACCCAUCUAUCACCUUGGCAUUUGCAACCUGACAGAAUCACAAGGUCUUCGGUGGACAUGUGCUCUCUGAAAGUCAUCU